UUGACAUGUCUUUCAUAUUUUGAUAUUUGUAAUAUUUUUGGACAAUUUUUCAUUUUUAAUGACUAUUUCCUUGUCAGGCAUUUUAGUCGCCAUCUCUGUUUUGUGGACUUUUAUGCACUUACCUUUCUUUUAUUCCAUCUCUGUUUUUGCGCAUCGGGGCUACAAAUGACUGUGUGUCCUCCUUCCCUGUCCCUUCACUCCAUGUCCAGUGGGGCUGUGGAUACUUACCUGCUUUUAAUUCGUUUUGUUUUUUCCCUCUUCCUUCUCUUCUUUUUCUUCUUCUAAACUUGCCCAUCUGGGCUGAGGAUACCUGCUCCUUUUUUUUUUUUUUUCCCUUAGCCCAUCGGGGCCAUGGAUACCUGCUUUUUUUUUUUUACAAGAAAACGUAUUUCUUGGUCCAUCGGGACCUCGGAUACCUGCGUUUAGUCUUUCCUUGCCCAUCGGGGCCUUGGAUACCUGCUUAAUUUUUUUUUUCUUUUUGCCCAUCGGGGCCGUGGAUACCUGCUUCAUUUUUUUCCUUGCCCAUCGGGGCAUUUGGUGGAUGGAUAUAUGUUGGUUUUGAUGUCAAGAAAUCGACCCAGUUCAGGAUACAGGUUGAACUUCAGCCCUUCAGGUGGCUACAGAAGACUCUGGAAUACGGGAUGAAUUUGGAGUUGGUUUUAUGCCUCAAUUGAAGAAGGAUGGCCUGGUUUUAGAAGAAUGGAUUCUAGACAGCAUCCAAAGGGAUAAUUCCAGCAGACUUCAAGGACUGCCAGCAGCUGAUACAGGCUUCAUUCAAAUCCAGCAGAUCUCUCCUUUCGAGACUCUGGACACGCUCUAGUUAAUCUGAGCAAAUAACAUGCAGGCCACAAGAAGAAAAAGAUCUUUCCCCAGAAGUAUGGACUUGUUGCUUUGCGGUGCUGGCGACCUAUUCCCUUUGACGACCCCUAGGUGGAGAUGGGGCAUGAGGGUCCUCCAGGGGAAUAGCUCACCAGCACUGGGCAACAGCCCUAGCCAGGAGAUUUGGGGGAGACACUUCGCUGAACCCAGCAAGGAAGAUAAAGAGUCAAAGACAGCCACCCAACAUCAAGAUAGGAGAAAAGCUGCCACAGCCCUGGCACACAAGCUUGGCAUCUGUUUCCCCUGGUUCUCAAAGCCACCCUGGAAGCUCUGUAGGAGAACUUAAGCAGCUGUUUCCACACUGCAAGAUUCACUGUGCUACCGAUAGCCUAGAAUAUCCAUUCCGUCAUCCUUACCAAAGCUGGGCCUUCAGCAGGAUCGCGAAAUGGGAACACAUGAAAGGAAGCCAACUUUAUAACCCAAGGACCAACAUGCCUGCAUCUUAAAGCAACAGAAUGAAUGUGUACUGUGUUGGGUGUCUAUUUCUUAAUUGUUUUAUACAUCUAUUUCUUCCUUCCUUUGUGUGUCUUAUUCUUCGAUGUAUUUGUUUCUUCCCUUGAUUUGUGUGUCUUUUUUCCUAGCCUUGUGCGUCUUUCUUCCUCGCCUUGUGUGUCUUUCUUCCUCGCUUUAUGUGUCUUUCCUUCCUUCUUUCUUUCUUUCUUUCUUUCUUUCUUUCUUUCUUUCUUUCUUUCUCUCUCUCUCUCUUUCUUUCUCUCUUGCCUUGUAUGUCUUCCUUUCUUGCCUUGUAUGUUUUUCUCCUUUGCUUUGUUGUAUGUCUUUCUUCCUUGCCUUGUAUGUCUUCCUUGGUUUGUUGUAUGUCUUUCUCCCUUGUUUUGUUGUAUGUCUUUCUUCCUCUCCUUGUAUGUCUUCCUUGGUUUGUUGUAUGUCUUUCUCCCUUGCUUUGUUGUAUGUCUUUCUUCCUUGCCUUGUAUGUCUUUCUUCCUCACUUUGUGUGUCUUUCCUUUUCUUUCUUUCUUUCUUUCUUUCUCUCUCUCUCUCUCUCUCUCUCUCUCUCUCUCUCUCGCCUUGUAUGUCUUCCUUUCUUGCCUUGUAUGUUUUUCUCCCUUGCUUUGUUGUAUGUCUUUCUUCCUUGCCUUGUAUGUCUUUCUUCCUCGCUUUGUGUGUCUUUCCUUUUUUAUUUCUUUCUCUCUCUCUCUCUCGCCUUGUAUGUCUUCCUUUCUUGCCUUGUAUGUUUUUCUCCCUUGCUUUGUUGUAUGUCUUUCUUCCUUGCCUUGUAUGUCUUCCUUGGUUUGUUGUAUGUCUUUCUCCCUUGUUUUGUUGUAUGUCUUUCUUCCUCUCCUUGUAUGUCUUUCUCCCUUGCUUUGCUGUAUGUUUUUCUUCCUCGCCUUGCAUGUCUUUUUCUUGCCUUGCAUGUCUUUCUCCCUUGCUUUGAUGUCUAUGUCAAGUGUCUUUUACUCCUUCUCUGUGUACAGUCUAUCUUACCUAUUGCCGUGUUUCUCCGCUAAUUUCUUCCUAGCAGAGCUUUGUGCUUUGUCUUGUUUUCUCCUCUCCUCUCUGAUUUGUGCCUUGUCUUGGUUAGAUGUGGCUCUGUUUUUUCUAUCUGGUUGCUGUUUCUCUUAACUCUUCUUUUACUCUUUCUGCCUUUCACGACUCUCCUUUGGGUCACACGUUGCAUGCAAUCCUCUCCUUUCCUUGUGUUCACCUCACUUGCUUUUUUUCUGUGUGAUCUGCUUGUCAGUCCUUUGACUUAACAUUCAUAUUUUCCUUUCUGCUGUUUCUAUCCUUAGCACAUGAGUCUCUUUACUACAUCCCCUUUUCCUUCUUUGUAGCUGUGUCUCUUUGCUAUUUGUGAUUUCUGAUCUCAGCAUUACUCUAGUGUUCGUUUGUUUCCCUUCUACUCUCCCCCCUUACUACUCACUUUGAGAAUGUCAGUCUCUUUACGAGUUUGAGUCUUCCUCUUCCUCUAGUCCUCUCUUGGAUAUUUCUCUCUCUCUGUGUGUGUGUGUGUGUGUGUGUGUGUGUGUGUGUGACAGAGGGUCUUCCUAGCCUGCAGAAUAUCACCAGUGGAGCUGUUCUUCACGCCCUGCGGAAUAAUCUAAGAGAAAAUCCAGCGCUCUGGUCAGGACUGAAGUAGACCUGAAUGGAACAUGUAAAGACCCAAAGUGGAAGACAGACUUAAGGACCAAGAUACACAGAAGGCCUGUCUGAGCUGGCUGGAAAGUUUGAGUCUCAAGUUGGAUGGACAGAAUGCUGACAACCCAUAGAAGAGAGGCUGUUUCUACAGGACCCAUGUGAAAUCAAAGAACUGAGACCUGCAUCUGAGCUAAGUCUAAACCUAAGACCUAAGGACUCAAGCCUAUAUGGACUAGAAGUUGGAGGCCUGUGGCCUAAAACUCUGGGGGGGGGGGUUAUAACCCCAAGACUAAGGGAAAUCUGAAGA